GGUUGGAUCCGGCCCGCGGGUCGUAGUUUGCCGACCUCUGGUUUAUGGCAUUUUCACCCUUGGUGGUCACCCUUCAGGCAGGAGUGAUCAUUGUUGAUAUUCAGUUUUAUCAGUAAUUUUAAUUUGACUGGACAAUUGUGUAAUUAGACUUCCAUUAGGUAAUUACAUAAAUAUUAAAUUUAGUUUGUAUGCUUUCAGUUUUGCUCUGAUAACAACAACGCCAAAAUUACUUUAAUGAGUAUUCUCAAUUUGCGAUGAAAUUUGUAAUUUCAAGCGAGGGGUAUUAGUAUUAGUACGGCACUGUAUGUCAGUAUGUAUUUUAUUAUUAGUAGUUAGUUUAAUUAGUAGUAUUUUAUAAAUUAUAAAGUAUGUCUUGCUUUUGCCUUUUAGUUUUACAUUUCAUUUAUUUGUUUUGCUGGCCAUUCCUGAUUCCAGUGCCAAGCAACUGAUCUAGUAGCUUACUUUAGAAUGUUAUCAUCACUUGGUGACUUGGUGCAUUACUACUACUACUACUUCAAUGAUUCAAUGUCGACAGUUUCAGUUAACUAGUCUAGUCAAGUCAGUCUACUUUUAUAGAAUGAAGUAGUCUAGUCAAGUCAGUCUACUUUUUUGAAUGAACUCAGUGUUGUCUUAAGUCUAGCCUAACACUAGGCUACUGCACUGCACAAUACAAUAUAGGUUUGAGUAUUAUUGACAAUAUUCAGUUUAGUGUAGGCUUGGGGUUGACUUUUACUUUCAAUUUAUUAAAUUUAUAAUUAUAGAAUAAAGUCUCUUCAAUCUGUUUAUGAUUAUGUGGUCCUACUAAAAUCUUACUCUUUUAAAAUUUUAAUCAUAAAUUAAAUUAAUUGACAAUCAAUAUUGCCAUGUCAUGCAUUAUUUUUAGGGCAUGGUGGCUUGGUUUAAAGUUUAGGGCCUAUGCCUAUACUAUAGACUAUAGCCUAAGCCGCUAUGUAUUAUUAGAGUUGUCAGUUAGAGGUAAGUUAGAGGCAUUUUAGACUAUUGUCAAUAGAAUUAUUAUUUUUUCGUAAAAAUCAUAUUCAUUAGUCAUUAUAUUAGUAAUUUUUUUAUUAGGAUUAGUCAUAAUAAUAUUUGGUAAGUGUAUCAGGUAUAAAUUACUCGGGUUGCUGAUGUAAAAUUUUAAUUUUAACAUUAUAUUGUUCAUAUAUUUGUAUAGAUUUAAAUAUUAAUGCAGACAUUUGAUCGUGUUAUUAAUGACAUUUCACAUAUAGCUGUCUCCCAAAUUGUGAACAAUAGAAGGCACAUUAUCAUGCUAAUACUAUAAAUAGUUUAUAUAUAGUAUUAUAUAGUAGCAUCAGUUGUACAUCCUAUUAAGGAAAAUAUAUUUUUCUAACAUAUCACUGAUCACAUAUAUAAAACUGUCUACCAGAUAGUGAUCCAUCUCAAUCAUACUCAAUGGAAGGAAGAUAAUCAUGACAUUCAUGAUAUUAGUAUUAGUAUUAUUAGAAACUCUUCAUAAUAUCAUUCAUAUAGAAACUCUUGUUUUUUCUCUUCAUACUAUUAGGUAUGCAACAACUGUGUUAAACUUGUCUGUUAACAUUUCACAGUUAUCCCUAUUUAUUUUUAUUUCAGAUUCUUUAGCAAUGCAGCUUUGGGAUUUUGGACAAGUAUUUGGAAUACUGUGUGUAUUGAUUGUUAUAUUUGCAGCAAGUUGGGUAUAUUUCCGAACCAAUAUUGGAAGAUGUCACAGUAGUGUAGAUCUUUCAGGAAAAACUGUGAUUAUCACGGGUGCUAAUGUAGGUUAGUUUCCUUUUUAUCCUAAAAAUGAAACAGCAAAAAGAUUAAAGACUUAUCAGCUUAAGUUAAGUAUAUUUUUAUUUAUUUCAAAUAUAAUUUCAUAUUUUUUAAAUGAUUGCUCAUGCAGUUUUUUUAAAUCUAAAAAAUAAUAAAUUAUUACAUCUUUAAGGUAUUGGCUACUACACAGCCCUAGAUUUGGCACGACGAAAUGCACGAGUUAUAUUGGCAUGCCGUAAUAAAGAGAAGGCUGAACAGGCCAGAGAUGAGAUUAUUUCAAAGACUGGGAACAAAAAUGUUGUGGUCAGGAUUGUUGACCUUUGCCUUAUGAGAUCUAUAAGGAACUUUGCUAAGGAAAUUAUCGAUGAAGAACCUCGCCUUGAUAUACUUAUCAAUAAUGUUGGUGUUGUCAGUAAGUUUAAAUAAGACUAUAGCAGUAAUUUUCAACCUUAUUUAUCUUGGACCAACUAGAACAAAAUUUUUAGUGAGGAGCAUAGUCCAAGAUUAUUUAAUUAUUAUUUAUAGUAAUAACAGUAGUCAUAUACUAGCUGUGAAGGGUCAUAGUGUAAGUUUCUUAUUACCGGUACUUUGUAAGUAAGCCUUUUGCCUGCACUGAGCACUGAUUAAAAUUUGUAUAUUAGUGGUUUUCAAACUUUUUCCUGCCACUGCCCCCUUGACUGCUUAUAAGGAUGAGUCCUUAUAGGCCUCCCACUCCAUUUUAGGCAUCCUUGGUCCAGUAUUUUGUACCACCCUCUAAGAAAGAUGAGAAUGCAAUAAAUUUUAGUAGUGAAACUUAUAUUUGAACUUUUGAACAAAAUAACAAUAAUGUUUUUUAUAUUAAUUCAAUAAUAAAUUUAUUAUCUUGAGCAAGCUGUGUCAUAAGUGGGAUUUAUAAAAAGCUAAAGUUUUGAAUACCUUAUGUUUUCAAUGUUCAAUUAUUCUAAAAUUUGUGUAUACAAUCAUAGGGAAGACAGAUUCAGUUUUAACAGAUCAAUGUCAUUCUCUUGCAACUGCUAAUUUAUUUUAUUUGAAUUCUGCAAAUAUUUAUGCUAACUAAACAAAGUUUUUUUGUGUGAUAUCUUUGAAGUCUGUAUUAAGAAAAGCAUUUGUCCUUCAAAAACAAUUACACAUCGAUUAACUAUCAGUUAACUCUACUCAUCUUUGGCCUAUUAGUAAACUCCAUUUAUUACAAUAUUAUUUUGUGCCUUGCUAAGUGAACAUAUAUUGUUUUCAUCAUGGCUGGUACUUCUGUUGAAAUGAUUGACCACAGAUCUCUCCAGAUUUUUUUCCCAAACCUCUAGCUGAUGUCUAUCCUCUUAUUUUAUCCAAAAUUGCCAAAAAUCAAAACAAAUACUCAUUUUUUUUAUUUUAAAAUUUAAUUUAAAAAAUGUAUUACUGAUAAUAAUACACCUGGACCCCCUUUAGUAAUACACAAACCCACUCCCUUAAAUCUACAGCGCCUUUCAAAACCAGCUUUAGAACCGCUGUUUUAUUUCAAAAUAAUGUGACACCACUGUGAAACUUUCACUACACACCAUAAUCUAAAAUACAUAAUUUUAUUUGUGUACACACAAAAAAGACCUAAUUUUUGCAAAUUUUAUACCAUUUACGAAAAUUAUAUAAAUUAUGUAUACAUUUUUUUUGUUAGUUACCAAAUGAAAUUAAAUUUUCUUUGGAUAGAUGAAGGAAAGGCAAAAGUUCUUACAGAUGAAGGCUUUGAGAGGUUGUUUGCAGCAAACUAUUUUGGACCAUUUCUUCUGACCAACUUACUGCUAGGUGACCACCAUAGAUUUAAUUAUUGAACACAGUGAAAAUAUUUUAAUAUUUAUUACAGUGUGCUUUAAAAAUGUAUUUUUUAUUAAUUGUUUUAUUUUUUAAAAUGUAGACUCUAGUGGGCUUUAAAAAUACUUUUUUUUUUAAAAUAAUUUUUAAUACGGCAAUUUACUUUCAUCUUUAAAGCUAAAUUUUCAUAAACUAAACAUAAAAUUUAAGAGCUCAAAAUAUUGGAAAACAUGAACAUUCUUAUAGUCAUCUUACAUUAGGUAUGAGACAAACUUUUUUGAAAUUUAUUGAACUGAAAUGUGUACUUGUCAGAUCUCAUGAAGAAAUCUGCCCCAAGUCGCAUUGUUAAUCUUUCUUCAACGGUCAACAAGUAUGGAACAAUUGAAUUUGACAACUUGCAGGCUGAAAAAAAGUUUAAACAUCACCACCGUUACUUUGACAGCAAAUUGGCUGUUAUUCUGUUCACACGUGAGCUUGCCAAGAGGCUUGAAGGAACAGGUAAUGUUCAAAUAAUGUUGUUUUUUUUUAUUACUAUUUCAGAUUCAUUAUUUCUACAUAAAUUGGAAAUAAUGCAGGGCAAAAUAUACUUGGUUAAAUUUCACUUCGUGAUGUUUUUAGUUAACGAAAACUGAAGUUAUUAUUGUUUUGAAAGUUAGUAUUAAUCAAAUGAUAAAUGGCAAAAUUUAGAUAUGUUAAAGACAUGUCUGGAAAAUACAUUUCUUUAAUAUUAAAUGCAAUAAAAGAUUUUAGUUUUUAAAAAUGAUUGCUUCUUUCAGCAGCAGAUCAGAUUGUUUAUCUCAAUAAACAAUCUUAAAUUGUUAAUAAAUUUAAAAAAUGAGAAUAUUAACAGAAAAUGAUUUUUUCCAAAUGAUUAUUUACCUUUUUUUUCCAAUGGUGCUGAGCCUGCAAAUUGUAUAUGCCUUUAAGUAUUUCUUUAUAAAAUCUAUACUGGUAACUAUGUACUUUAAUAUUUUUUCCUGCCUGUUGUACCAUUUCUAAAAGUAAACGAAAUUGAUAGAUAACGCCCACAUUACUGAAAAAUUAAAAACUUUUUUAAUUUUGCUUAAAUAUUAAUGUGUUCAUCAAAAAGCUUAUACAGAUACCUUGAUUUUUUAUUUAAUCUUGAGUAUUAAAGAAGGAAAUCAAUCUGAUCUAUUUUUCAGGUGUGACUGCCAAUGUAUUGCACCCUGGUAGCGUUGCCACUCAGCUACUGAAGCAUAUGUUUGUUAUUAUCCGAAUUCCUGUACAAACAUUCAUUAAAAUUUUUUGCAAGGUAAACAACACCUCCAGAAUUUAAGAAAAUUUCAAAAUUUUUAUUACAUUAUCUUAUUCCUGAUGGCUGUGUCAAUUCAGUACUUAAUUUAUUCUCCUGAACGAACAAAAAUUACUCCGUUUUGCAAUUCAUUUACAUUUGUAAAAUAUAAUUUUUUAGCUGCUAAAUAUUAGUUAAUAUUAAUGAAUUAAGGAUAAAUGCAUCCAGAAAUGCACCCCUAGUUAAAAGUAAAAGACGUAACUUUAGGGGCAAAAGCUUUGGCCUAUAAUCGUAACAAUAAGGUACCGGUACUAAAAAUAUCUAUAAAAAAAAUUAUAUCCCGCUCUCUCUAGACUGGUGAGGAGGGUGCACAAACUAGCAUCUACUUGGCUGUAUCUGAAGAUGUUAAAGACGUCAGUGGAAAAUACUUUGUUGACUGUAAGAUUCAAGAAAACGGAGCCAAUCCAUUGUCCCGUAAUAUGGAAGUUGCUGAAAAACUGUGGAGAAUUUCUGAGGACUUAACAGGACUUGCUGAAAAGAAAACAUCUUGAAAAGUGCCAAAUAUUUUAGCAUGAACAUAUAUUUUCUUUUUCAAGUUAAUAAUUAGGCCAUCCAGCUUAGGUUUAUGGACAGGUUAAAUCUGUACCCUGAUAUGAUUUUGUAUCAACUAUGCAUUUAUACAACAAUUCUGUCCAUCUUGGCUGUACAUUUUAUCCAAGAAAGUCAAGAUUUAUUUUUAUACCGUGUUGCACAAUUUUUGUUAUAUUAAAUAAUCUCUUAAACAAACUUAGAUUUAGAACUAUUAAGACAUAUUCCUGAAGAUGGAGAGGUUUAUUGAGUCACCAUUUUAUUUACUUAAAAUGUAUUAUAUUUGGAAUGAGUUAUGAAUAUACAUGUUUUUAAAUGUACUUCAUCAAAAAGGAAAGUGAAAAGACGUGAGAUUAAUUCACUGUGGUUUUAACUUUUGAAUGAAAUCCACGCUGUAAAAGGGUACAUUAUUAAUUUAUAUGUGAAGGGAUCAAGACCAUGUUUUAAACUGCAUUUGUUCAACAUAUAUUUAGUGGAAAUAUAUUUUGAAUGUAAUUUAUUGUAUUUGUAUUAUUAAAAAGUCCCAUGGUUCAGUGCAAUCCAAUUAUUAUUAAAAGGGUUGCAUCUCUCAUUUUCAAUAUCAAGUUUUAAGGAUGCUGUCACCUUUUGAAGAAAUAACAACAUGUAAAGACCUCAAGGUGUGAUUUAGAAUUAUUUGUUUAAUGAAGAUAAAUAAAUAGCAUGCCUGUUAACCUGUGCACCUUGGAAGUGUCUUGGGAGCACCAGCAUUAUGCAUUAUUUUUUUAAAGAUUUUUAUUGUAAAAAACCCAACCGUCUCAGUGCUUUUUUUCUUUUAAAAGGACUUCACCUACAAGUAAGUGUAGGCCUCUGGAACAUGCUAGAUUAAAUUUAAUAUCUUCCGUGAAACAUGUAAAAAAUUACUUUGCUACGUAAUUAUUUCUCUAAUGCGAAAUAUUAUACAACUAAAUUGUACUACUAUAACUAUCUAUAGUUAAUUUAAAUUGAAUUUAAUAAAGUACCGUUUUUUAAUGGGGGGCGGCUAUAAAAAUCAUUCGGAUAAAUUAUAGAGUUAAAGUUUAACAUUCGUCCCAUGACUAAGUAGUAAAAUAAAUUGUCAGAACAUUUAAUGCUAUCAGUCAAGGACGAGCAGAUCAGUGUUUAUCUAGGUUUGAGUUUGAGAGGUUUUCUGUGAGCAAUCACCAAACAACAAAACGAGAUAUGCUUAUUUUACAGAGUCCAAGUGAUAAAUGAAAUCAUCAAAGUGCUGACAGAGGAGCAGCAGUAUGAGGCCAC